CCGCGAUACGGAUUCCUCAUAAGAACGGAAUGUCCUUGCCGGAGUCCCUGUAACGUACCUUGCACUAUACCAUUCUCUGCUGUUCAUAGCAAUUCGCUCCUUCUCUUGAUCGACCAUGGGCCUGGACACGUCCGACCUCGUGGUGCCAUUCGUGGGCGCCCUCCAGGCCUCGGUAUCCGUCCUGAUCACCAUCUUCUUUGGCGUCCUGACUGCGCAGUUCAACCUUCUUUCUGUGGGAGCUGCGAAGGAGGUGUCGCGGGCAUGUGUGCGCAUGUUUCUGCCUGCCUUGCUCAUCUACAAGCUUGGCAGCAACCUGAACAAGGACACCGGCAUUCUCUAUCUGCCCAUCCUCAUCUGGUCCAUCUCUUAUACGCUCAUCUCGCUGGGCAUUGGCGUCAUCGCCUGUCGCGUCUUCAAACUGCCCAACUGGGUUAAGCUUGCCGUUGCGUUCAACAACACGACAAGUCUGCCGCUGCUGCUCAUUCAGUCGCUGUCCACAACGGGCGUUCUCGAUGCCAUUAUUCCACCGGGCGACGACGCGUCAAAGGCGCUUGAUCGCGCCGAGUCGUACUUUCUAAUCAAUGCAAUGGUCAGCAACAGCUUGACCUUUGCCCUCGGCCCCCGGCUGCUGCGCCCAAGCGAUGAGGAUGCCCCAGACGAGGAUGAUAAAGAAGACGAGCAGAGCGAUGGUGAAGAAGAAAGUAUGGAGCGAGGACCAGACGGCAUAGUCGAUGAGGAGACUUCGCUGCUCCCACAGCGCGCGGUUCGCCCAAUCAACCGCCUGGAACGCCGAGGCUACAAGCGCACCACGAAAUGGAUCCAGAGCCUACCACCGUGGGCACAACAGCUGCUCGAUUUUCUGUACCAGUUCGCCAACGCUCCCCUGCUGGGUACUAUCGUAGGCGCCAUCAUUGGCCUGACGCCGCCCCUGCAUCGCCUUUUCUUCAACGACAGCAACAACGGUGGCUACCUCAAUGCCUGGCUCACUACUGCCUUCAAGAAUGUCGGCGAGCUCUUUGCCACGACGCAAAUUAUCGUUGUGGGCGUGAAGCUGAGCCAAAGCCUGCGUAAGAUGAAAGCGGGCAAGGACAGUGGCACCAUAUCCAAGAAAAGCAUGGCCUUUGUGUUCUCGAUGCGCUUCUUCUUUUGGCCAGCAGUCACCAUACCUUUGAUCUACGCCCUUGCAACGAGAACGACCGUACUAAGCACUGAUCCUAUGCUGUGGUUCGCCAUGAUGCUGAUGUCGUCUGGACCUUCCGCAAUGAUAUUGGUGGCAUUGACUGACGUGACAGGGAGUCCGGAGGAGGAGAAGAUGGUCAUUGCUAAGUUCUUGACGAUUAGCUACGCCAUCACACCACUCAUAUGCUUCGCUGUUGUUGGCAGUUUGAAGGCAACCGAGGCUGCUGUAGCUCGAUAGCUUGUGCACCUUCCACGACGUGACGCAAUCGAGACUAGGACAAUGCCUUAGUACUUCUGGGCCAUCACUGGACGUGGACUGUAGUGCAGCUUCCCGGUCAAAAUCACUCCUGCUUGGCACAGCUCGAUGCGCAUCGGUCCAAAGUUUAUCUCAGCUUU